AUGCCUCCCGCGGAAUAUCAUACCACCUUCUCGAACUCAACUAACUAUAGAUUACAAGUUGGUAAUAACACUGGGAAUAUUGAGACCCACCACCACUACGCCGCCACGUCCCGAGUCUCCACCACGUCCGUCCCUAUCGAUCCCGUUUCUCGCAAUCCAGAUUUUGUCGCUCGUGGGACAAUCCUGAAUCAGCUCCACCACCAACGCGCUGCUCCAGGGUCCUGGACGGCACUGGUAGGGUUAGGUGGUGCUGGUAACGCCUCCCAGUUUGAGCAGAGCUACCAGGACAUUGCCAAUGCCGUCAAAAUCCUUGGGCGACGGGAUCCCAAGGUUAAUAUCUUCAAGCUUGUACACGACUGGCUGCGAGAUAGCAAGAAUGGGAAGUGGAUUCUCAUACUGGACAACAUUGAUGAUGUUUAUUUCCUCCUUCAACUUCCUGACAUUAUUCAAGGCCAUGCUGGUCGUGAAAAUGGUAAAGCAGAUCGGCCACUACGAGAGUAUCUCCCACAAAGCUGGAAUGGGUCCAUCCUGAUAACAUCACGAAAUAGGGAGGCAACAUUGAAGCUGGUAGACCAGCGCAAUAUUAUUGCACUCGAGCCGAUGGACAAGGAGGACGCACGAGCACUUUUUGAGAAGAAGUUAGGAAAAGGACAAUGA